UGCAUUGCUCUCUGAUGGAGGCAGUGCCGCUCAAGUCAAUGGGGCCGCUCUCGGACCAGGGCGUAUUCACUGUUUGGGAAUCAGGAAAUGCGCUCAUGUUAGUAGGAACACUUCCAGGGUUCAAUUAGUUGAGUACACGGUGUGAGCACCACUGCUGUUAGUGUAUGUUUACCAAGCAGACAGUUCAACACCGCCUGUCAGAAGCAUCACGGGCAGCCCACCGGCCAGCUGCUGCUCUCCUGUCUUCCAAUGGCCGAUACAACCGCGUUUUCACCGGAUAAAACAUCAGUCAAUGGAGAUGGUACAACAGGAGCCAAAAACCCAGACUAUAUCGCCUUCGUCCUGGUGCCGGUCUUCUUCCUCUUGGGCCUGUUAGGGGUGGUAAUCUGUCACGUGCUGAAGAGGAAAGGCUACCGGUGCACGACUGAGGCCCAGGAUGAAGAUGAGGUAUUUGAUGAAGAGGAGAAGGACCUUGAACUGGGUGGAGAGCUGAACGACACCAGUGACAACGACACAGUCGGACAGAUUGUUCAUUACAUCAUGAAAAAUGAAGCAAACUCUGAUGCUCUGAAAGCCAUGGUUCAUGACAACAGCAUUGACUCUGAUGGUCCUCCGCUCACCCCCUCCUCCCCCAACAGCCCAACUUCUCCGAUGACGCCCAUCUCACCCGGAGCGCCUCUCGGAGCUGCCAAGCACACCUGCAACCACCUUCACACCAUCGGAGGAGCGAGUGGCAACAAGAACAUCUGCACCCGCUGCAGCCAAAAGAAAUGGCCACUGAUCAGGAAGCCAUCGCUUCAUAAGGCAGAGCAGCGGCGCAGUCAGUACGGAGAGGUCACGGUCCUGGCUGUGGGCAGGUUCCGGGUGACAAAGUGUGAAAAACCACCCAGGGAGAGGCGGACUCUGUUAAUAACAGACACUAAUGGCAGCGUCCCAGCAUCCCCCACGGAGGCGUUCAGGAGCCGGACGACGUCUGAGUCCCAGCAGGUUCAGUCGGGCAGCACGGACACAGAGAAGUGAUAAAAGCAGGAAACUCCAGCUUUCCAAAGGGACGGGAGAAGCAACAUCUGGACACUUUUUUUUCCCCAAAAAACAACAAAGAAGAACAUUCAAACGUCAGCACAGGAGGAGGAGGAGCACGAGGAGCGCCGGGGGCGGAGUCCAUCCAAGAAUCGUCCACAUUCUCGUCAGGCGCAUUAAAAGGUGCUGCUGAUGAAGACGGCGGUUUUAUUAACAAGUAGAAGGGGGGGGGGUAAGGUUGUGUCGGGCUGUGCACUCAAUUUCCUCCUGUAGUAAUUUACAGUAGUGCCUUGCUCAAGAGCAGCUGCUCAACGUUCAAAGGAUCUUGUCCGAAAGAACAAAGGUCUUAUUGCUCGUGUGAUGUUGACGCGGUGGUCUGCGGCGUAGACGCGUGCGCGCGUGACAUGUUUUUGCAUGUUAUCAACCAGUUGAGCUGAUAACACCCCCCCCCCCAA